AUGAGUGAUAUAUUAAAAGAUACUCGUUUCGCAAAAUAUCUCAACGACCCGCGCUACAAACAAAUACCCAAACAUGAACGGAAAGUUAAAAUCGAUAAAAGGUUUCAGUCUAUGUUUAAUGACUCGAAGUUUAAAGUUAAAUACACGGUUGACAAACGAGGCCGACCAGUGAACGAAACGUCAACAGAAAAUUUACGAAAAUAUUAUGAACUGGACGAAUCCGAAGAUGACAGUGAUGCUGAGGAACAGAUUCAAGAAGAUGAAGAAGAGUCAGAGGAAACACCUGGUCGAUUCGUAAAGAGGCCGAAAGAUGAAGAAGACGAAAAACUAGAUAAUAAGUCGGAGGCCGUUAAAGGUGAAGGUUUGUUGCAAACGGACAGCUCAUCAGAUGAGGAAACCACUGAGGAGGAGGAAGACAGUGAACUUGAACAUGAGUGGGGAGAGUUAGAUGCCGAUGCAGACACUACUGAUGAGUCAACACGAAGGAUUGCUAUCUGUAAUAUGGAUUGGGACAACAUUAAAGCAUCAGAUGUAAUGGUUUUAUUGAACUCUUUUGUUCCACCUGGUGGUGUCAUACACAAAAUUACUAUUUAUCCAUCAGAGUAUGGUUUGAAGAGAAUGCAAGAGGAAGAAGUCCGUGGCCCCAUUGAACUGACUGAAGAGAAAGUUGAUGAUUUAGAUGAUAAUGGUGGAAAUGAAGAAGGUUCUGCAUACCACAUGGAGAAACUGCGUCGGUAUCAGUUAAACAGAUUGAAAUACUACUAUGCUGUUGUGGAGUGUGAUUCUGUGGCGACUGCUGAUAAGUUAUACACUGAAUGUGAUGGAAUGGAAUACGAGAGCAGCGCUACAAGGCUAGACAUGAGAUUUAUACCUGAUGAUGUCACUUUUGACCAGGCGCCUCGUGAAGAAUGUACGAAACUUCCGGAUUUGACAAAGUACAGACCACGAUUGUUCACUACAACCGCGCUACAGCAAGCUAAAGUAGAAUUGACGUGGGAUGCCACUAAUCCCAACCGCGCUGAAGUUAUUAAAAGUGCUCUUGAUGGAAAAAUUGACGAUCUUGAUCUUAAAGACUAUUUAGCCUCAAGCAGUGAAAGUGAAGAAGAAAAUAAUUCAGCAGAUGAAGGUACUCAACAGGAAAAUGACGAGGAUCCUAUACAGAAAUAUAAAAAAAUAUUACAAGACAUUGAAACAAAAGAAGAUAAGAAAAGCAAUAAAGAUAUGGAAAUGGAAAUAACUUGGGGCCUUGGUGUUAAAGAUAAAGCAGAAGAGUUGGUCAAAAAGAAACUUACUGAAGAUAACACAGAAUUAACUCCAUUUGAAAAGUUGUUGAAGAAACGAAAAGAGAAAAAGAAGCAGAAAAAAAUGAAUAAAUUGAAACAAGAGCAAGGCAAGUCUGAUGAAUCGGAAGGAAAUAUGUCAGAUGAUGAUAUACCCUCAGACAUUGACAUGAAUGAUCCUUACUUUGCUGAAGAAUUUAAUAAACCUGAAUUCAAGAAAG